AUGAUCCACACAUAUAAGGAGGCUACAGUGUAUACUGCAAAACAGAUGCCCAAUACAAAGCCAGUUUUAACCAGAAUGAAAACUCCCAAAUCUGUUUCUAAAAAGGCGGAUGCAAGUUUGAAGGACUCAAUUGAUAGCUCAGAUGAUUUCUUCUUGGACUUUAAAGUGAGGAACAGAACAACAAAGAAUGCACAGAAAGAUCUUCAAACACCAAAGAAAUUGAUGGCCUCUGGAAAGAAAAAGACUUGCUGCCAAGAAUUGCAGUAUCCAGAGGCUUCAAGUGACACUGAAAAUUCUGUCUUUGUAGAAAGUUCAUGGCAUGACCACCCAAAAUGGGGAGUGAAAGACUUCAAAGAGAGUUGGAGAUGCAUAGAACUUUCAUCUCCAGAAAAUAUGAAGGAAUCAAUUUCCAGAGGCAGUCCUGACUUACUUGUUAGACAGAAAGAAAGAAGCUGUGAAAAGAGUUCAGAAAGCAGAGGGCCAGCUGUGGCACCACAGCGAAGUACAGGGGUGGAAUCGGAGAGCUCAGAUGACGAAUUCGAGUCAUUAAUGGAACGGAUAAGGAAACGAAGCGUAUCCCAAACCCCCAUCUUAAGCACAAGGAGGACUGUCUACCAGCCAAGCACAAUAGAAAACAUCAAGCCACCCUGUGAAAAUGCUCAGUCAUUGAAAGGAGGAAGAGUCAAGACACCAAGGCCAAACUCCAUUUCACUUCAGGAAACACCUUCCAAUGUUACUGCCAGAAUUCCUAGGAACGAAUUGGUCAGUAGCUCACCAUCAGCAAAGGCAGAGAAAACGCCCAGGGUAUGCUCAGUGCCUGGCUGUUUCCUGAAGGAUCUCUCAGAUCCGACUUCCCACUAUGUGAAGCAUUUCAAGAAAAAUAAAGAGGAGCUGGCACAGAAGCUCUACUGUCUGUAUAAUAGUACCAUCUUUGAGCAGAAGUUACCAGAAAAAAUGGCAAUAAUCUGGAAUAAGAAAAUGAGAAAAACAGCAGGAUAUUGUGUAACUGGACAGACAGAAGGUCCUGAAGCAAAGCGUUAUGCUCGCAUAGAACUUUCUGAGAGGGUCUGUGACUCUGCAGAUCGCCUUCGAGACACACUAGUUCAUGAGGCUUGCCAUGCAGCCACCUGGCUGAUCCACGGCGUCCGGGACGGGCACGGCCGGCUCUGGAGAUUCUACGCCAAUAAAUCGGCUGCGAUGCAUCCGGAGCUGCCCGUGGUGACACGCUGCCACAGCUAUGAGAUUAACUACAGGUUCAUCUACGAGUGUGCUCGAUGCAAAGCUACGAUCGGCCGCCAUUCCAAGUCCCUGGACACGGAGCACUCUGUGUGUGCCUUCUGCGGGGGGCAGCUGGGCCUGCGUCAGCCCGCGCGGAAGGAGGGCGCCGCGGCCAGGGCGGGGCUGACGCCCUUCGCCAAGUACGUGAAGGAGAACUACGGGGCCGUGAGGAGGGAGCAGUGUGGACUGAGCCAUGCAGAGGUCAUGCAGAGACUCAGUGCUCAUUUCGCUUUGAAAACCAGGCUUCAAGAUUCCCUGUAA